AGCAUUAGCAAAUUGCAACGUUGCGGGGGAAAAAAACGCAAUCAGCACUGUAGGUACUACAGCAAAGCAGGCCUUGGAUUUCUUAUUCAAGAUCGUGCAAUAGAACGUUUGGAUAUUACUUACCUUUGGAGCACGCUGGCUCUCAUUGCAUGUUUAGACGUGAUCAAGUGGCAAGAGAAUCGCACUUCCCGAGAGUGGAAUGCUGAGAAAAUCUGGGCAUUCCAAAACAAGGUCACUGAUGCUUCUUGAUGCUUCAAAUCGGUUUACUAAUAACUCUCUGCCGAGGUCUGAUUCAUUCACGAUAUCAUGAGAGCGCAUGUUUAGCAACGGCAAAGCCUCAAAAUUCGACAAGCGCUCUAAAAGGAUCUGCUCGGGCCGCUCCUCUCACGAUAGUGAGACGGUGGAUCCACUUGAGCUCUCCGGGAGUCACCGACCCUCGCCUCGGCCGAGACCAUCAAGUCGAGUUCGUUGGUUGGAGGUCAACUGACUUGGCGGCAGGGACAAUCCAGCAACUCUGUAAAUCUUCUGCCCAUGAUGGAAGGACCUUCUUGAUUCAACAUGCUUUGUACUCGGGAUUUACCCACGCCGAGGCUGUGCCAGGUGCUUGCUCAUGUCGCUCGUGUAGACUCUGCGGGGCUGUCCGAAUAGAUCGUGAUCACUGCUGACUAUCAUUUCCUACCGAGAGGGCAUUCGCUUGCUCAGCUUGUCCAAGUUCCAGGGACUUGUCAAAGGCUUUGACUAGGGCUUUUGCUGCAUGCGAAAUGAAUUUAAGAGAAGUGACGGCUUGACAAUACAUGUUCUUAUUCAGCUCAUGUGAAGCG